AUGGGUGCCGAGCAAAGUUGCUGUGGCAGGGAUCUGAAUAAGAUUGGACAGAGGUCAAAAGGCGAGAAACAGUCUGAUCUGAACGAGGCUUGGAGGGAAGGAAGGUUGAAGGUAGGACAGAAGUCUGUCGUAUGCCCCGUCACGUCCUGCUCUCUCAGAGGCUGCUGGAGGAAGGAGAUCAACUUCAGCCCAGAUGGGCUCUGGACCCGAGGAUCUCGCCGAGGGGUCCCUCGAAGACCUCCAGCACAGGAGGUCAGGAUAGAACAGCCCAGCAGUGCUCCUUAUACUCCUCCUGCCCCUCAGCUCUUCUCGGCCGCAAGCCGCACGCGACUAGGAACGGUCAACCUCUCACCUCAGCUCAGCUCCCCAGCUGCCCCCGUGCUGGUCGACUACGCGUCUCCCCAACAGAUCGUCAUCGACACUCCUCCCAAGGCUCGCUCGCUCGCAAGUCUCUUUCCCCUGACACUCCGCGAUGGCAGGAGGAAACGCUCCAAGACACCCAAACGAGACUCGCUGGGGGAGGACCUCCUGGCCCUCAAGAAGUCGCUCAACAAUGUGGACGCCCCGAGUGAGGAGGAGACGAGAAGACUGGAGCGAUGGGAAGAGAGGGUAGCCAGCGCGUUGAAGUCAGCCUCCGACUCGCCUCCUCCUCACAUCAGCCUCCUGUCUCAGGAGAAGGCUGAGGGGCAGCUGGACGAUCUCAAGAGGAAAGUCAUCAAGCUGAAGUCGACGGAUCAUUCGACUUCGUCAGAGAGCGACGAGGUGCAGGCUGCACGCAAGGAGCUGGGAAAUGCUGUCGCUCGCGUGGCCGGCCUUCGUGUGGAGCUGCGUAAGGCCGAGUCCUCGACGGCGAAGAAAGCGAGAGCGCAGGAAAAGAGGGAGAAAUUCAUACAGCAAGUGCAGGAGGGUUGA